AUGCUGUUCUCACUCACCUUCCUGCCAGUGUUUUUAAAGAUUAGUGUACUCACAGCACAGCAGACCAGGAACUGUCAGCCAGGUCCUCUGGAGAGAAACGGAACUUCCAUUUGUGCUGGUCCUGCCCCCUUCCUAAUUUUCUCACAAGGAAACAGCAUCUCUCGGAUUGACCCAGAUGGAACAAAUCACCAGCAAUUGGUUGUGGAUGCUGGCAACUCAGUUGUCAUGGAUUUUCAUUACAAGGAAGAAAGGCUCUACUGGGUGGAUUUAGAAAGACAACUUUUGCAAAGAGUUUUCUUUAAUGGAUCAAGACAAGAGACAGUGUGCAAUGUAGAGAAGAAUGUUUCUGGGCUGGCCAUAAACUGGAUAGAUGAAGAGGUCCUCUGGGCAGACCAACAGAACGGAGUCAUCACUGUAACAGAUAUGAAAGGGAACAAUUCCCGGGUUCUUCUAAGUUCCUUAAAACAUCCAGCGAAUAUAGCAGUGGAUCCAAUAGAGAGGUUGAUAUUUUGGUCUUCAGAGGUGGCCGGCAGCCUUCACAGCGCAGAUCUCAGGGGUGUGGAUGUAAAAACACUACUGGAGACACCAGAGGGGGUGUUGGCGCUGACUCUGGAUGUCCUGGACAAACGGCUCUUUUGGGUUCAGGACAGUGGAGAAGGACGCCAUGCUUACAUUCGGUCCUGUGAUUAUGACGGUGGCUCUAUCCAUCUUAUCAGACACCAAGCACAGCACAGUUUGUUUACAAUGGCCCUUUUUGGUGACCGGAUCUUCUUCUCAGCGUUGAAACAAAAGGCAAUUUGGAUAGCCAACAAACACACCGGGAAGGACACGGUUAGAAUUAACUUCAGUCCGCCCUUUGUGCCGCCUGAAAAAUUGAAAGUAGUACACCCCCGUGCACAGCCCCCGACAGAGGAUGGAGCUCAGGGAUCUGACUCCGAACGUUGCAAACAGAGGAGAAAGUCAUGCCGCUACAGUCUCUGUGAGCGAGACCCCAAGUCCCAGUCGUGCGCAUGCGCCGAGGGCUAUACGUUAAGCCGAGACCGGAAGUACUGCGAAGAUGUCAAUGAGUGUGCCUUUCAGAAUCAUGGCUGUACUCUGGGGUGUGAGAACACCCCUGGAUCCUAUUUCUGCACAUGCCCUCCGGGAUUUGUUCUGCUUCCUGAUGGGAAACAAUGCCAUGAACUUGUUUCCUGUCCAGGCAACGUAUCAGAGUGUAGCCAUGGUUGUGUCCUGACAUCAGAUGGUCCCCUGUGCAUCUGUCCCGCAGGUUCAGUGCUAGGGACAGAUGGGAAAACAUGCAUUGGUUGUUCAUCACCUGAUAAUGGUGGAUGCAGCCAGCUCUGUCUUCCUCUCAGCCCAAUGUCCUGGGAAUGUGGUUGCUUUCCUGGGUAUGACCUACAAUCAGACCAAAAGAGCUGUACAGCUUCAGGACCACAGCCAUUUUUACUGUUUGCAAAUUCCCAGGACAUCCGACACAUGCAUUUUGAUGGAACAGACUACAGAACUCUGCUGAGCCGGCAGAUGGGAAUGGUUUUUGCCUUAGAUUAUGACCCUGUGGAAAGCAAGAUAUAUUUUGCACAGACAACCCUGAAGUGGAUAGAGAGGGCUAAUAUGGAUGGCUCCCAGCGAGAAAGACUUAUCACGGAAGAAGUAGAUACGACAGAAGGUCUUGCUGUGGACUGGAUUGGCCGGAGAAUCUACUGGACAGACAGUGGGAAGUCCGUCAUUGGAGGGAGUGAUUUGAGUGGAAAGCAUCAUCAAAUAAUCAUCAAAGAGAGCAUCUCAAGACCACGAGGAAUAGCUGUGCAUCCAAAGGCCAGGAGACUAUUCUGGACGGACACAGGGAUGUCUCCACGGAUUGAAAGCUCUUCCCUUCAAGGUUCUGGCCGGAUGCUGAUAGCCAGCUCUAAUCUACUGGAACCCAGUGGGAUCACAAUUGACUACUUAACAGACACUCUGUACUGGUGUGACACCAAGCUGUCUGUGAUUGAAAUGGCCAAUCUGGAUGGUUCCAAGCGCCGAAGACUUACCCAGAUCGAUGUAGGUCACCCCUUUGCGCUAGCCGUGUUUGAAGAUCACGUGUGGUUCUCGGAUUGGGCUAUCCCAUCGGUAAUAAGGGUGAACAAGAGGACUGGUCAAAACAGGGUACGUCUCCGAGGCAGCAUGCUGAAGCCCUCAUCAGUGGUUGUGGUCCAUCCAUUGGCAAAACCAGGUGCAGAUCCCUGCUUACACAAGAAUGGAGGCUGCGAACACGUCUGCCGAGAGAGCCUGGGCAUGGCUCAGUGUUCGUGUCGGGAAGGUUUUGUGAAAGCGCAGGAUGGGAAAGUGUGUCUUGCUCGGAAGAAUGAUCAGAUACUGGCAGGUGACAGUGCUGAUCUAAGUAAAGAGGUGACCUCGUUGGAUAACUCCACUAAGAUUGAAGUACCAGACGGUGAUGGGACAGAAUCCUCCCAACUCGUGGCUGAAAUCAUGGUGUCAGGGAUGAACUAUGAGGAUGACUGUGGCCCUGGGGUGUGUGGCAGCCACGCUCACUGUGUUUCAGAGGGAGACACUGCCGCGUGUCAGUGUUUGGAAGGAUUUGCCAGAGAUGGAAACCUGUGUUCUGAUAUAGAUGAGUGUGAGCUGGGUAGCUCCGACUGUCCCACCACCUCAUCUAGGUGCAUCAACACUGAAGGUGGCUACGUCUGCAGAUGCUCGGAAGGCUAUGAAGGCGACGGGAUCUACUGUCUCGAUAUUGAUGAGUGCCAGCAGGGGGCGCACAGCUGCGGCGAGAAUGCCACCUGCACCAACACAGAGGGAGGCUACAACUGCACCUGCGCAGGCCGCCCAUCAGCACCUGGACUGACUUGCCCUGACUCUACCUCAACCCCUCCCCUUGAGGAAGAUGGCCACCAUUUGGUACGAAAUAGUUACCCAGGAUGCCCCCCGUCGCACGAUGGAUACUGCCUCCAUGGUGGCGUGUGCAUGUAUGUUGAAACAGUGGACAGCUACGCCUGCAACUGUGUCGUUGGCUAUGUUGGGGAGCGAUGUCAACACCGAGACUUACGAUGGUGGGAGCUGCGUCAUGCUGGCUACAGGCAGAAGCGUGACAUCACUGUGGUGGCUGUCUGUGUGGUAGCGCUGGUCCUGCUGCUCCUCUUGGGGAUGUGGGGGACUUACUACUACAGGACUCAGAAGCAGCUGUCAAACAACCCAAAGAACCCUUAUGAAGAGCCAAGCAGGAACAUGAGCAGUAACGGGCCCGACAGCAGCAGGGAUGGGAUGUCUUCUUGUCCCCAACCUUGGUUUGUGGUCCUAGAAGAACACCCAGAGCCCAAGAAUGGGAGUCUGCCUGUAGCUGGCACGAACAAUGCAGUCGUAGAUGCUAGCCUGUCUUCCUCCCUACAGCCUGGGUCGGUGCAUCUGACUUCAUGGAGACAGAAGCCCAACAUAUAUGGAAUGGGCACAGGGCAAAGCUGCUGGAUUCCACCAUCAAGUGACAAAGGACCCCAGGAAAUGGAGGGAAACUCCCACUUACCCUCCUACAGGGAAUGGCCUCUAGCUGUGGGGGCUGAGAAGCUGCAUUCUCUCCAGUCAGCUAAUGGAUCCUGUCAACAAAGGGCUCCAGACCUGCCACAGCAAACAGAGCCAGUUCAGUAGAAACUGGGAGUAGACAGAAGGUACAGAGGGGGAAAUAACAAACCAGGCUGAUAGAUGGUGGAGUGCUAUAGAUUUGGUACUCCAGUCUCCAAGGCUAAUCACUGCUCAGGGUCCUGAAGACAGCUGCACAGCUGCAUAGCUGCAUAGCUGUGACGUUUGCUUCUUGCUUUAAGCAGUCUCAUUGAAGACAUUCAAAAGAGAAGUGGAGAAAAUCAUUAGAAACCAAAGUCAAGACAUUCACAUAGAAACUGUGUCUUCUUCACUGGACUCUUUGCCUCUUCUCCUUGUUGCCUCAGAAGAAAUGGGUUAAAGCAGGUGAUCCUAUGCUCUGUCAAUUGCAGAACAACAAAUUAUAUGAUCUACAUAGAAGUCUUAGCUCAAUCUCAUGAAAUGGUUGGAACAUAACUAUUGCUGAGAAACACUAUAAGUGUGGCCCAUGCUCAUAAUUUUGCCUUCUGAAUUGUGAUAAAUUAGUGAAAAUAAUUGUAAUUUAGAAUCUGAUGUAUUCAGAAUUAGAUCAUCUAUUUUUAUACUAUAAAAAAAUCUCUGAAUGAAAAUAUUUAACGUUAAAAACAUUUUCUAAGAGACAAUCAUGUUUCUUAAUUAUUGUCUUUUCUUCUUGCAGUCUUUCCCAGGGAAAAUGGUAAAUUCUUCUGUUUGCAUAGAUUUUUUUAAAUUUAAGAUAUGAGAUUGUAAACAAAUUGCUUGAUUUAUUUACAUCAAUUUACUCUAAUUAUUUAAAUAAAAUCACCCUAAAACAUCAGCAUUUUAUUAUAAUUUGAUGGUGUUUGUUACAGUUUGAG